CAGGAUACUUCACACUUCGCCACAACUACCAGUAUACCACAUACAUGUCCUAAAAUCAAUAAAAAUAAAACACUUAUCUCACCAAAUCAUUGUGUUAUAUACUAUACAUAAAAAUUUUAUUGGUUUGUGAGAUCAAAUGGAGAGUUACUUGAAGAAAUGUUGUUUAGUGUCAUUAUGUGUUUUGUUUUUAGGUCUAGGGUUUAAGGUAAAAGCAGAGCCUCAAGUUCCAUGUUUGUUCAUCUUUGGUGACUCUUUGGUUGACAAUGGAAACAACAACCGUCUUACUUCUAUUGCAAGAGCCGACUAUUUCCCUUACGGCAUCGAUUUCGGCGGCCCUACCGGCCGCUUUUCCAACGGGAAAACCACCGUUGAUGUCCUCGCUGAGCUACUCGGAUUUGAUAACUACAUUCCUGCGUAUAGUACUGUUAGUGGUCAGCAGAUACUUCAAGGAGUCAACUUCGCAUCUGCAGCUGCUGGAAUCAGAGAAGAAACUGGUGCACAAUUGGGACAAAGGAUAACAUUUAGUGGGCAAGUAGAGAAUUAUAAGAACACAGUGUCUCAAGUGGUGGAACUUCUUGGAGACGAGAACAGUGCAGCAGAUUACCUAAGGCAAUGCAUUUACACUAUUGGUAUGGGAAGCAAUGAUUAUCUUAAUAACUACUUCAUGCCUCAGUUCUACCCCACUAGCAGACAGUACAGUCCCGAACAGUAUGCUGAAGACCUUAUCGCUCGUUACAGGGACCAGCUCAAUGCACUAUACAGCUAUGGAGCUAGAAAGUUUGCAUUGGUAGGAGUUGGAGCCAUCGGAUGUAGCCCGAAUGCGCUCGCACAGGGGAGCCCUGACGGAACAACUUGUGUGGAACGUCUCAACGGCCCCAACAGAAUCUUCAACAACAGGCUCAGGUCCUUGGUACAACAACUCAACAACGAUCAUUCCGAUGCUAGGUUCACUUACAUCAAUGCUUAUGGCGCUUUCGAGGACAUUAUCGCUAAUCCUUCUGCUUAUGGGUUUAGGAUAACGAACACUGCGUGUUGUGGAGUUGGAAGGAACGGAGGGCAGCUAACAUGUUUACCGGGAGAACCACCGUGCCAGAACCGAAAUGAGUACGUGUUUUGGGAUGCGUUUCAUCCGACAGAUGCAGCUAACACUGUCAUUGCACAAAGAUCUUACAAUGCGCAAUCCUCUUCCGAUGUUUAUCCGUAUGACAUCUCGCAACUGGCUCAGCUUUGAGAAGACCUGAGAAUACGGGAGAGAAACAAUUUGUUAACUUUUUCAGAUUCUAAAUUGAAUUCUUGGAUAUGAUUCUGAAAAGUUAAGUGUUUACCCAAAUUGCUCUACUUUAUUCAAAAGAAAGAAAAAAAUGAGUUACUUCCACAAAGUUUUAUUUUUUUCCUUUUGUUUUUGUAAUCGUGUAUCCUCUUCGGAAAAAUCUAAUUAAAUUAAAGAGUAAGAGGUAAGGACGUGGCGCAUCUCUUCAUCACUUUCAUUUUGCA